AUGGAGACUUCUGGCAGUGGGUGGGCAGCUGAGCUCACUCCCCCAUGUGUGACACAAGCUGUAAAUGGGAAUGACUCCGGUCAGGUGUUUGAGGUGGCGCUGCAGAACAGCUCCUCCAAACGCAGCCCCCAGUUUGUAGGCGUGGAGUUGCUGCAGUCUUUCAAGCUGCUCAUCAUUCCCUGCUACACUCUUGUGGCUCUGGUGGGCGUCUUUGGCAACUACCUGCUUCUCUAUGUCAUCUGCCGCACUCGCAAGAUGCACAACGUCACCAACUUUUUCAUUGGAAACCUGGCUUUCUCUGACAUGCUGAUGUGUGCUACGUGUGUCCCCUUCACGCUGGCCUAUGCCUUCAACCCACACGGUUGGGUCUUUGGUCGCUUCAUGUGCUACCUGGUGUACCUCAUACAGCCAGUGACGGUGUAUGUGUCAGUGUUCACCCUCACUGCCAUUGGUGUGGACAGAUAUUAUGCCACGGUGCACCCUUUGAAAAAGCGGAUCUCAGUCUUGGCUUGCACCUACCUUCUAUCUGGGAUCUGGCUGCUGUCCUGUUGUCUGGUGGCCCCGGCCGUGGCUCACACCUAUCAUGUGGAAUUUAAAAAUGAAGGCUUCAUCAUCUGUGAGGAGUUCUGGAUGGGUCAGGAAAGGGAACGGCUGGCCUACGCCUACAGCACUCUCUUCAUCACCUAUGUCCUGCCUCUGUCAGCCCUCUGCAUCUCUUACCUGUGCAUCUCUGUCAAACUGCGGAACUGUGUCAUACCUGGCCACCACACAGAGAGCCAGGCAGAGGCUCAGCGCAUGCGCAAGCGCAAGACCUUCCGUCUGGUGUCCCUGGUCGUGGCGGCGUUUGGCAUCUGCUGGAUGCCCAUCAGUGUGUUUAAUGUCCUGCGUGACAUUGACAUCGAUCUGAUUGACAAGCAGUACUUUCUCCUCAUUCAGCUGCUUUGCCAUCUGUGUGCAAUGAGCUCAUCCUGCUGCAACCCUUUCCUCUACGCCUGGCUGCAUGACCGCUUUCGAGCUGAGCUUCGCAAAAUGUUCACAUGCCGCCGUCGCAUUGGCAUCUCAGCCAACAACUGCGCCACAGCCAGCGUGGUGUUGUGA